AUGUACAUUCAAAAAAAAAUGGCUCGUCCCAGCAUCAUCGUCUCCAUGCUCGUCCUCUCCCUCUCCGGAACCGCGUUCGGCAGAGCGAGCUUCUUCGGCAAACAGCAACAACACGACGCAAUGACGGAUUGCGCGCGCGUCGAUGCCCCGACCUCCUUGACCUGGCUUUUGCAAGAUCAACCCUUCGAACAGGAGGAUCCGUCCGCCUUUUUCUACGUCAACCAAGAUAUUGACGCGUCAGGAAACAAGGCGAACAGAGUCGCACAACUCGUCACCUUUGGCGGCGUCCAGGGACAACAGGAAUCGACAGAGUGCCGCCUCCUCUUCACCAUGCCCGAGGACUCGGAGAGCUGGGAGCUGAUCCAGCGCGAGGGCGCCACCACGAUGCGCGUCUUCCGCGUCCCCAGCUACGAAGGGGACGAUUCCGUACGACAGAAGCAGAAUCUUCUGGGCACCGUCCUGGUCAAGCCUGGAACGCAGUCCAUCGACCUCGGCCAGUGCGACGGCAGCGGUAGUUUCGUUUUCGAGCUUGCCGACGCGGGACGCAGUCGCGUCGCUUUCCGCCAGGCAUCGAAGCCGAAAGACGGCUUUGGUGUCUUCAUGGCUCAUGGAUGCCCGGUCCCUAGAAGGACCGAGUCCGAGGACUUGUGA